UUGGUUGUUUGUUUUUUUUUUUUUUUUUGGUUAAAAAAAUUCAAAAUAAUACAGACAAAAUGACUACUGUAAUGUCAAAACUUCGUGAUUUAUCCGAUCGUAUUGGUGUUCCAUAUCCACACAUUACUCGUACUAUAUCCGGUGCAUUGGUCAUUUUAUAUGCAGCGAAAAUUUCAUAUCCAUUAAUUGGAAAUUAUCUGACAAAUUCAAACUACUACAACAACAACAACAACAAUAAUAAUAAUAAUAAUAAUGAUGAUGAUAAACAUCAAACAACAACAAAAUCAGUUAUUCAUAAUAAUGGAAAAAUUGAUCAAUCAAUUUCGAUCGAUACAUCGGCUACAUCGAUUGAAAUUCUUUCAUCCUCAUCGGAUGAUGAUGAUGUUGAUGAUGUUGAUGUUGAUAAGAAAAAAUUUCCAAAUAAUCAUCAUCAUCAUCAUCAUCAUAAUGAUCAUCUUGUACGGCUGGUAUCACCAAUAAAACCGGGCGAAUCAAGCCAAGAACGUUUUCUAAAUUUUGGUCCACAACGUACAAGUAAAAUAAUGAAUAAAUUGGAAAAACUUUUUGUACAAUUAAUGAUUGAAAUUCGUCAUCUAACCGGUAUCAAUGUUGAUUUCGUCAUACAAUUAAUUAAAUUGAUACGUAUUAUGAUACCGAAAAUUGCAUCAUUUGAAGUGAUCAUUUUAAUUAUGCAUACAACAUCUUUGAUUUCAAGAACAUUUUUAUCCAUUUAUGUUGCAAAUCUAGAGGGACGUGUAGUUAAACAUAUUGUUAAACGUGAUCUACAACAAUUUACAGCAUCGAUGACCAAAUGGCUACUUAUAUCGGUACCAGCAACAUUUUUAAAUUCAUUGAUACGUUAUUUAGAAUCCAAAUUGGCAUUAGCAUUUCGUUCACGUUUAGUUAGCUAUGCAUGUGGAUUAUAUUUUAAUAAUGAAACCUAUUAUGCUGUUUCUAACCUGGAUGGCCGAUUAGAGAAUGCUGAUCAUUCAUUAACUGAUGAUAUUACUGUAUUUGCUCAACAUUGUGCACAUAUGUAUUCACAUGUUACUAAACCAUUGUUAGAUGUGGCUGUUGUUUUAUUAACAUUAUUUCGUAUGGGACGACAAAUGGGUUCCAAUGGUAUGCAUGGACCAAUAAUGGGUACAUCUAUUGUAUUCUGUACACAUCUAAUAUUACGGCGUUGUUCACCACAAUUCGGAAAACUUGUAUCGGAAGAAGCACAAAGAAAAGGUUAUCUUCGAUUUAUUCAUUCUCGUAUUAUUUCUAAUGCCGAAGAGAUUGCAUUUUAUCGUGGUGGCCAUGUUGAACGUACUGUAUUGGAUCGUGCUUAUCGUUCAUUAACAAGACAGAUGAAUCUUAUUUUUCAUAAACGAUUAUGGUAUGUUAUGUUGGAACAACUUUUAAUGAAAUAUCUUUGGUCAGCCACCGGUAUGGUUGUGAUUGCUACGCCAAUUAUGCUUACCGGUAUAAAGGCAAUCGAUAAUAAACGUAAUAAACAACAUAAUGAUCAAAGUGAAGAUAUUUCCAAUCGAACCGAAUAUAUGAUGACAGCCAAGAAUAUUUUGAUCUCCGGUUCAGAUGCAAUGGAACGUUUAUUAUCAUCAUAUAAAGAGUUAACCGAAUUAGUUGGCUAUACAAAUCGUGUGGCCAAAAUGUUUACCGUUUUUGAAGAAGUUGGUCGUGGUCAUUUUAAACGUGAUUCACAUGCAAAUAAAUCAAUUUCGAUGACAAAUGAAAAAGCUAUGAUUAUGUAUGAUAAAUCUGGAUCGCCAUUAAUCCGUGGUGAAGUGAUUAUCGUACAUGAUUAUAUAGAAUUGAUUAAUGUUCCAAUUAUUACUCCAAAUUGUGAUAUUGUUGUUCCUAGUUUAACCAUAAAGAUAACUGCCCAAAUGCAUCUGUUAAUCACUGGUCCUAAUGGUUGUGGAAAAAGUUCACUUUUUCGAAUAAUGGCCGGUUUAUGGCCAGUAUUUAGUGGCCGUUUAGAACGGCCACAAUCAAGAGAAAUGUUUUACAUUCCACAAAGACCAUACAUGUCAUUGGGAACAUUACGUGAACAGUUAAUAUAUCCGGAUACGAUAAAAAUAAUGAAUAAUAAAGGAAUUCGUGAUGAAGAUCUUGAAUCAAUACUUGAUCAAGUUCAUCUUCGAUAUAUUGUAACUAGAGAAGGUGGCUGGAAUGCUAAAGGCGAUUGGAAAGAUAUAUUAAGCGGUGGAGAAAAACAACGAAUGGGAAUGGGACGAUUAUUCUAUCAUCGGCCAAAAUUUGCACUACUAGAUGAAUGUACAUCGGCCGUAUCUAUAGAUGUUGAAGCACAAAUGUAUGAAACAGCAAAACAAUUGGGCAUUACAUUGAUUACAAUAACACAUCGUCCAUCAUUAUGGAAAUUUCAUACACAUUUAUUACAAUUUGAUGGUCAAGGUGGUUGGCAUUUACAAUCAUUCGAUCAAAAUAAUGAUUAUCGUUUAUCAUUGCAUGAAGAAAAAGAAUCAUUGGAACGAUCAUCAUUAUCUAAUGUUGUACAAAAACAAUCUCGUUUACAAGAACUUUGUCCACUAUCAGGUGAAUCCGUUGAUGUUGUUCUUGUUUCUGAUCAUCAUCAUAAUAACCAUAAACAUAACAAUAGUAAUGAUGAUUUGAACAAAUCAAAUAUGUCAAAUAAUAGGUAGUAGUAGUCAUCAAUUGGCAAUAUUUGUUUAAAUUAAAAUAAAUUUGAAUUUUUUUUUUAAUCAAUUUAUUAA